UAAUACUUGUCAAAGAAAUCAAUGAGUAAUAAAUGUGUCAAAAAUUUCCAAGAUAAAUGUAUCUACAAGGUUGGACCAUUUUAUGAAGAAAAUUCUACAAUUCUACAGUUGAAUCGCUUUACAAAACCAAACAUGUCUCUGUUUUUCAAUUGUAUCCCAAAACCAUAUCUUUGUCUUUACUGCUCUCCGAGUUUUCCAAUAUGUCUGUCUUCCUUUUCAUGCUCCUCGUCUCCAUUUUGAACCCUGUGGUUUCUCAUAAAAGCUGCGAUUUCCCAGCCGUGUUUAACUUGGGUGACUCUAAUUCCGACACCGGCGGAUAUGCUUCUGCGUUCACUCCACCCACUUCUCCUUAUGGAGAUACCUACUUUCACAUGCCUGCUCGCCGAUUUUCCGAUGGGCGGCUCAUCAUUGAUUUCAUAGCUGAGGCAUUUGGGCUGCCAUUUAUUAAUGCAUAUCUUGAUUCAGUGGGGACCAAUUUCUCGCAUGGCAUAAACUUUGCCACCUCAGCAUCUACAAUCAGAUUACCUAUUAGUGUUAUCCCUAAUGGUGGAUUCAGUCCAUUCUAUUUGGGGCUUCAGUACUCACAGUUUGAGCAAUUCAAAGUCAGAUCUCAAGUGAUUAGGAAACAAGGAGGGUUGUUGGCAAGUUUAAUGCCCAAGGAAGAGUAUUUUUCUAAAGCUUUAUACACAUUUGACAUUGGACAAAACGAUCUUGGAGAAGGGUUCUUUUCAAACUUGACUGUACAAGAAGUCAAUGCUUCUAUUCCUGAUAUAAUCAACAAGUUCUCAGCAAAUAUUAAGAAUAUAUACAAUUUAGGAGCAAGAUUCUUUUGGGUUCACAACACUGGACCAAUCGGUUGUUUGCCUUAUGUUUUGGUUGCAUUUGCCUCAGCUGAAAAGGACCCUGCUGGUUGUUUAAAGCCUUACAAUGAAGUGGCUCAGUAUUUCAAUCUGAAGCUAAAGGAAUCAAUAGCUCAACUCAGAAAUGAAUUCCCUUCAGCUGCAUUUACAUAUGUAGACAUCUAUUCUGUGAAGUAUUCUCUGUUUGCUGAACCCCAAAAACAUGGGUUUGAACUUCCACUUGUGACAUGUUGUGGCUAUGGAGGUGAGUACAACUACAGUGCUGCAGUUCUAUGUGGAGGAACAAUUACGGUGAAUGGUACAGAGAUAUUUGUGGGUUCAUGUGAUAAUCCAUCUGUUCGUGUGGUUUGGGAUGGAAUUCACUAUACUGAGGCAGCUAACAAGUUCAUUUUUGAUCAAAUUUCGACUGGUUCGUUCUCCGAUCCGGCUGUUCCAUUGAAGCAGGCAUGCCAGAGCUAGAGGAAUUCAAAAUAAACUUUCUGCUAAAGCAUAUAGACACAUGAAUAAACCAAAAUUUAACUAGCUUCUCUUGUACGUAAUAAAUGUCUACCUCAUUGCUGUAGAAGAUGAUGUUAUUUUAGUUUUUCUAUUUUUAAAACAGAAAAUAAAUAUAUAA